AUGUCUGAAUAGGAUGAUAUGUUCGAUUUAGAGUGUUAACAUAAUUGGUAUUCCUAAGAAUUUGAUGUGGAGUAUCCAGAAUCUGAGAAACAACAAUUGGAAAGAAUCAAGGACAAGUGCAAUAUGAACUUAUUAAAACGACAGCUAGUUUGUUUGUUUGGUUUUCCAACCAUACAAGUAGAUAGUACUCAAAUAUUUGCCUAUCUCAAUGGCAUAAUGGAGUAAAACGAAAUUGAAUAGAAACGAAUGAUUAGAGUCUUGAUAAGCUUCAUAGGAGAAGUUACCAGCAUGGAAGAUCAAGAGACUAGGUUAUAAACCAUAAGAGGAAGGGUAGAAUAAUUCCUGACAAUAAAAGGGAUUAAAAUAGAAUGGAGUAACAAGGAAUGGGAGUAGGAAAUCGAAUCACUUUUUGAAUCCCGAUAUUGUAAUCCCUAUUAUAGUAAAAUACCUUAUACUUAGUUUGAGUAUGCAAAUUUCUUUGCUUUGUUAGAAAGUCCUAUGCCUAUGUUUUUGAGAAGUCUCCGUCACCCCUGUUUUUGUUAAGUGUUUGAUGCAAAAUCCACGGAGGAUUUUAAAUAAUUAUGUAACAUCACUGAUUUAAAAAAUGUGAGGAGGAUAAGAAAAUACAUCUAAUCAAUAAUAGAUAAAUUAGAAGAAUUUCGAAAUCUACUUAUUGUAAUUGAGUCAAGGGAUUACUUUAAUGUAACUGAAGUGAUUGAUAGUUUUAAUUAAUUAUCUGGAGAACUAGACAAAAUAAUAAAUAUAGAUCUAUUGUUAAGCGAUAAAUAUAGUUCAAAGUAAGAGGAGAGAAUAAGAUAUCACAAUGAUGUCGAUAAUCAGACAGAGAAGAAUUCAAUAUCUUACUUAGAAACCAAGACUUCAGCUAAGACCUUCACAACUAUAAAUCAAGGCAGCUUAGAUUACAGAUCGAAAAAGCAAAAGAAGAAACAAAAGCAAACAGAAAAAUGCUAUUUCCCAUCGACUUUCUUGAAUUACAUUGAUUCAGAAUCUAAUCUUAGUUAGGAAAACAGUUAAAAUCCUGAAUCAAAAUGCGAGGAUCAGCUUUUUCUGUAAGAUAAAUUUGGUAUUGAUACUGACAUUCACAAAUAAUUAGCUAUCCCGUGUUAAUAUAUUGAUGAUAUAACCAGGAAAAUUGAAAUUUAUGAAAAACAGCAAUUAAGUUUAUAAUUGAUAGGAUUUCCAUGUCCUAUAUUAGAUUAAAAUCGUCUAAAAUAAAUUCUAUCUAGUUAUAAUAGUAUCUAAACAAAUAAAUAAACAUUAAUUGAGUAGGUGAUUUGCAGCAUUUGGGAAUCAUUAACAAUUGGACAAAUCGAAUGUAAUGCCAUUGAUUUGGUGAAAAAACAAGCAUUUUUAUAAUUUUAAUCUUUAAAUCUAUCUGUGGAUUAACACGAAUUUGAAAAUGUUUUGUGUAAUCGUUAUAAGAAAUAAGCCACUUUGCCAUAUAACAAGAAUUUUGAAAUUGCUCCAUUUUCUUUAGAAAAGUUAUCGAAAUUAGUAAAUCGCAAAUUUCCAGAUUAAUACACAAUCAAUAACUGCCUUACAAGUAUUACUGUAUUCUAAUCAAAAAGUAUUUAACCUUUGGUUAGUUCCUUUAAUAGAUAAGAAAUCAAAAAAAUAAGAUUUAUUAGGACAUACAUUAAUGAUAUGUAUUAAAGUCUAGAGAGUUUAGUAUAAUUUAGAAAUAAAUUAUUAAAAGCUAGGCAGAAUAAAUAACUAGACCAAUAACUUGUCUAAGAAUUCAAUAAACUUGAAUUGAAUCAUUUAAAUACAAUAGUGAAUAGAAAAAUACCAUAGUAAUAUGAUCAAAAUCAAUAUUGCAUUAUAAUUGAUGAGAAGGACAAUUUUGAUGAAUAAUGUAAUUAAAAUCACAAAAUCAAUCCGAAUGCAAUUGAAAUAGAAAAUGAUAUAUUUUUAGAUGAGGAUUCAAUUAAACAAGAAGAGAAGAAGGAGUAAAAUACUCAAAAAAGUUAGAAGGAGGAGUAAGAUAUUAAUUUAAAAUUUGAACCAUUAACCGGAGCAGAACAAGCGAAUUAAGAAGCAAUAGAAUAAUAGGAUAUAAAAUACUAGAAUUUUAUAUAAGAGGAUUUGAUUUCUCCUGUUUAAAGAAACUAUUUUCAUGAAUAUCAAUCACCUAAUUUCUUUAAUUCUCCUUGUUUUGAUUAGGGUUCGCCUUUAGGAAAAUAAUAAAUGUUUUUUGGUUAUUGUGAAUUUGAUUAAUAAGAGAUUGAAUCACCUGAUCGAUAAAUAUUAUAAUUUCAAACCCCUCAUAACUCCAAUUGA